AUGGGCCACCCUGCAGGCAGCGCAGCACACGCUCUCCAGAUGUUCCUCGCUACCUUUGGCCAGCCGGGCCACCCUGCAAGCAGCGCAGGGCUCACUGCCUGGAACUGGCAGGGUGACCCUGCAAACAACGGGCAGAGGGAAACCGGAACCGACGACCAUCUCACCCACACUGACCAUCUCACCAACACCAAGGUUGACCACGAUCGCCAGCCAGUUGUGUUUCGGGAAGAGGGCCUCACUGCCAGGGAGCAGCACGAGGAAAACGCUUACGCCUAUGGCACAUCAUGUGCUCUGCUCUGCUGCACGCUCGCCAGCAAGAGGCUUCUCAAUCUCGUCGUUGCUUUCUCAGAGAGCCAACCCAUCUCGCUCAGGUACGACGACCAGAACCCCCACUGGUCGCAGUCUAUCCGCUUCUUCCUCACCCGACCCGGCCUCCACUCCCUUGACCACCACUUCUCCUCCCCCGACCAACUGCACACUCUCGGCGCCUGCAUCGCUCGCUGCAGCCCCUCCCUCUCGUCCCUCCGCCUGGAACUACAAGGCCCUAUUUGUUCCUCCGAGGACCAGGAGAACGAGUGCUGGAUGCUGGGUUUCCUCAAGGAAUGCUCCCAGCUGCAGGAGCUGAACUUGGGGCGGGGCAUGUGGAAACUCAACUGGCAAUGUGGGAGCGCGGCGUGGUUCAAGUCGAUUCGCAAGCUGACCCUAGAGCAGGUUCAUUACGGGAGCAUGAGCUUUCAGUUCCUCGAGUCCAUUACACCACAGCUGCACGAGUUCACACUCUAUGAGGACGGCAACGUGCUUCGUAAAUAUCAGCGCGUGGCCUCCACCAACCGCCUCGCCUUCUCCUUUCCCAACGCCCGCCUCCUCCGCUUCUGCUUUGCCAGCACUGAGCUGCACCUCACCCUCUCGGUGUCCCCAGCAGCACUCAAGACUCUCUCAGUGAUGGCCAAACGGCUGGUCCUCUCCUGCAAGAGCACCGCCCAUCUUUCUCUCGACCACCUCUCGCUAUAUGGCCAGGAACAGAUCGACAUCUCCUCCCUCCGCCUCGCAUCCGCCAGGGUUGCUUACUUGGAAGGACCGACAAAUGACCAAGAAGGCUUUUCCUGGACGAAAUUGCUUGGCACUAUAGCGCCAACAGUGGAGGUGCUUAUAGUGAGGCACGGUGUGCCUUUACGGAAGGUGGAUGCAGGGUGGGGGAGGCUGCGGAGCCUUGGGAUUGUCGUGCCCCCAUGGGACAAGGAUGCUCUUGCAAACAACCAGAGAAUGGGAAUUGGCACAGAUGGUGGUGAGGGUGAGGAGCAUUUAGACGAUGGCAGGUUGCGGUUUUCUUGGGAAGAUGACCCGGGUUAUUUGAGCGAAGAGCCGGAUGAGGAAUUGCAUGAGGAUGAGUGGAUGUUUGAUGAUGCUGCUGCUGAUGAUGAGGAUGAUAAUGAUGAUGAUGAUGAUGAUGGUGUUGGUGGGGAUGAGUAUUACCGCCUGGCAUGGGCAAUGUAUGGUCCAGCCAUAAAAGCCAGGAUGAGGGCUCGGAGGCGGAUGAAAAAGGCCUUCCCCAAGCCGUCGCCCAUCUGCGCUCCGAAUCUGCGGUUCCUCUUCUUCCCCACCCGCAAGGCGUGUAAUGCGCCUGCACUGGCUGCACUGCGGCAGGACUACCCCGCCCUGGCGCUCUAUUGUGUGGUGGACCGCUCCUUCUAUUGGGAGAGGAAAGGUCAGCCGGUGAGCAAUGGGCCCAUUGAGCAUGUGAGGAGCGAGAAGAGUGGGGUGUGGGAUGAAGAAGAGGGGAAGCAGCAGGCCAAGAAUGUGAGGGAGAAGAUGCACAGUGUGAACAGGAGGGUGGUGGAGGGGUACUGUGCUGGGGAGGACCAGAUGUACGUGCUGAAGUAUCAGUAG